UUCUGUUUUCUUUUUAGGAAGGAGGCACAGCUGGAUGAAGAAGGACAGUUUCUUGUCAGAAUAAUUUACGAUGAUUCCAAAACCUAUGAUCUGGUUGCAGCUGCAAGCAAGGUCCUUAAUCUAAAUGCUGGGGAAAUUCUUCAGAUGUUUGGGAAGAUGUUUUUUGUGUUUUGUCAAGAAUCUGGUUAUGAUACAAUCCUACGUGUCUUGGGCUCAAAUGUCAGAGAGUUUUUGCAGAAUCUGGAUGCUUUGCAUGACCACCUUGCUACUAUUUACCCGGGUAUGCGAGCCCCUUCCUUUAGGUGCACUGAUGCGGAGAAGGGGAAGGGGCUCAUUCUGCAUUACUAUUCGGAAAGAGAAGGUCUUCAGGAUAUUGUCAUUGGAAUAAUCAAAACAGUAGCUCAACAGAUCCACGGUACAGAAAUAGAUAUGAAGGUUAUUCAACAGAGAAAUGAGGAAUGUGACCAUAUUCAGUUUUUAAUCGAAGAGAAAGAGUCUAAAGAAGAGGACUACUAUGAAGACCUUGACAGAUUUGAAGAAAACGGUACCCAAGAGUCUCGCAUCAGUCCCUAUACUUUCUGCAAGGCUUUUCCUUUCCACAUAAUAUUUGACAGAGAUCUGGUGGUCACACAGUGCGGCAAUGCUAUAUACAGAGUCCUUCCACAGCUGCAGCCAGGAAAUUGCAGUCUGUUGUCAGUUUUCUCUUUGGUCCGGCCUCAUAUUGAUAUUAGUUUCCAUGGGAUCCUCUCACAUAUCAAUACAGUCUUUGUACUGCGGACCAAGGAGGGACUGUUGGAUGUGGAAAAGCUGGAGUGUGAAGAUGAACUGACUGGCACAGAAAUCAGCUGCUUACGCCUGAAAGGGCAAAUGAUCUACUUGCCUGAAGCAGACAGCAUUCUCUUUCUUUGUUCACCAAGUGUGAUGAACUUGGAUGAUUUAACCAGAAGAGGUUUAUAUCUGAGUGAUAUUCCAUUGCAUGAUGCUACCCGUGAUCUGGUUCUUUUGGGAGAGCAGUUCAGAGAGGAAUAUAAACUGACACAAGAGCUUGAGAUCCUCACUGACAGACUGCAGCAUACACUGCGUGCACUGGAAGAUGAAAAGAAAAAGACAGACACAUUACUGUACUCUGUUCUACCACCAUCAGUGGCAAAUGAGCUGAGACACAAGCGUCCUGUUCCAGCUAAGCGGUAUGACAAUGUCACCAUUCUUUUCAGUGGCAUUGUUGGAUUCAAUGCCUUUUGUAGUAAACAUGCCUCUGGAGAGGGAGCCAUGAAGAUUGUUAAUCUUUUAAAUGAUCUUUACACGAGAUUUGAUAUUCUGACUGAUUCACGAAGGAAUCCAUUUGUUUACAAGGUGGAAACAGUUGGGGACAAGUAUAUGACAGUGAGUGGUCUACCAGAGCCCUGCAUUCAUCAUGCACGAUCUAUCUGCCACCUGGCAUUGGAUAUGAUGGAAAUAGCAGGCCAAGUUCAAGUAGAUGGUGAGCCUGUACAGAUAACAAUAGGAAUCCAUACUGGUGAGGUAGUCACAGGUGUCAUAGGCCAAAGGAUGCCACGUUACUGUCUCUUUGGAAAUACUGUAAAUCUAACAAGCAGAACAGAAACUACUGGAGAAAAGGGAAAGAUCAAUGUCUCUGAAUAUACUUACAGGUGUCUCAUGACACCAGAAAAUUCAGAUCCUCAGUUCCACCUGGAGUACAGGGGUCCAGUUUCUAUGAAGGGUAAAAAAGAACCAAUGCAGGUUUGGUUUUUGUCCAGAAAGAGUACAGAGACAGAGGAAACAAAGCAAGAUGCUUUCUGAGCUGAGGGAAGAGGAAGAGGACGCUGGAUAGGGUGCAAUACUGUCUCCAAAUAGGGUGCCAGGCAGUAAGGUUGGGUUAUGGAUGUUAUUUCACGUCAUAUCUCCCAUUGCCAUGUGCAGUACCACUGUCUUUUGCCCUACUCCUUAAAUCAUACUUACCAUUUUUCUUCAGGCUCGCUUGCUUUUUUCUUUUUUUUUUUUGCUUAAUGUUUGGUAUUGUUUUAUCGCUGCUAUGAGCAUGUAUUUCAAGCUUCACUUUUUUUGAUAUCCAUUUUUGCAUGUCAGUCAUGUGGCCCUUCCUACCACCAGAUAAUAUUGAAUAAGAUUUUGUAGUAUGCACGCCACAACUAACCACUUCAAUCUGAUGUUUCACAUCUUCAUCUUCAUCUCUGAAGUACAGUGGUUAUGUGAAUCGGUGACAUUUCUGGGAAGACAGUUAUUUCAGUUGUUGGGCAGAACAAUGAACUGAAAGAACUAUUUUUAAAAAUAAUACCUAAAGCAGCAUUAUGAAAAUUAUUGUAUGAAUGUUGUUUAUCAGAUUUGGUUCUGCUAAUUACCAUGCUUCCCAU